AUGAUACGUGUAAUACCACAUAUCUUCGUCUCCCAAAAGCAUACUGUGUUUCAGGAAAACAACAAGCGAGAUUACAAUGCAUUAAACAUUACCCAAUACAGAACACUUAAACAAUAUUUAACAAUAUGUGGGAUAAACCCGUAUCAGAGUGAUAGAAUGAGUAAUAUCAUAGUAAUCACGAUGGUGUUGUAUAUCAUUUCAAUGGUUAUUCCAUCGUCUUUGCAGCUAUAUGGUGACAUACUAAAGAAGGACUUAGAUUGUAUCAUCCAGAAUAUACCGCAUUUAGUGACAGGAAUGGUCAGCAUAAUAAAGAUUUUAAACAUCCGUUCUAAUAAAACCCAGUUUAGAAAAAUAUUCGACUCGGUAGCAGAGCACUGGAAAUUAUUAGAAGCAAAAAACGAAUUGUACAUGCUAAACAAAUUCACCGGAUAUGGUAUAACACUUGCGAAUAUAUAUAGAAGAACGCUAUUGACAUGUCUUAUAAUAUUUUUCUCCCUUCCCUUUUAUAAUCCACUUCUGGAUUUUGUUUCACCACUAAACGAAACCCGACCCCGACAGCAUAUAUUUAAAGUCAAUUACCUGACUUUGGACGUUUUCGAACAUUAUUAUGGCGUCUAUGUUCAUUUGUCUUGCUCUGCGCUUGUUAUCGUGGUCAUAAUAGUCUCAGUUGAUUCUUUACACAUUAUUAUCACUUAUCACACUUGUGGAUUGUUUGCAGUGUGUGGAUCGCAAGUACAGAAAACAGCAGAAAAUAAUACAAUUACGAAAGAUGGUGUUAUGACGAACGACGUUGGAUACGAAGAGUUUAAGGAAUGUGUGAUAUGGCAUCACAAAGUUCUUCAAUUUUACCAUCUCCUCGCGAAAUGUUGUCGGAACUUGUACCUAGUUCAGAUGGGUCUGAAUAUGAUAGUUAUAAUUUCGACAGCUGUUGAAAUAGUUAUGUUUCUGAACAAACCGGAAGAAGCCAUCAGGGCUUCUGUCUUCCUUAUGGCUCAGCAAUUUCACUUAUACGUAAUUAGUCUACCUGGACAAGAUUUAUUAGAGCAAAGCUUAGAAUUGGCAGAUAAAAUAUACAGCUCCGACUGGUAUCAAAUACCAAUGAAAUGUCAAAAAGUGUUUUACAUGAUGCAAAUAAGGUCCAACAAACCCUGUAUAAUGACGGCAGCAGGAUUAUACGAGAUGAAAAUUGAAAGUUUCGGAAUAACUGUUAAAGCGUGCAUGUCGUAUUUUACGAUGUUCUUGUCACUGAGACAAUAA